AUCUCUUUCAGUCCCAAAAGUCCAACAACAGAGGGGACAGAGGAAAAGAAACAACUCUCCUCUCAAUUCCAUGGCCGACGACUCCGCCGCCGUUCUCAGCGACGUCGACGACGAAGACGCCUCCCCGGUCCCCGUCACCAUCUCCUCGUCCUCCUCGGAUGAACAGCAACAACGAAUACGUGACCUCCUCUCCCAGCUCGACGAAGAGCGCCGCGCUCGCCAAGAAUCCGACGAUGCCCUAAAACGCAGGGACGAGUCCAUCAACCGCCUCCGCGCCUUCGCCCAGGACGUCAUCAAGAAGCGCGACGACGCCGUACGAGACAAAGACCAGGCCAAUUCCAAGCUCGCUGAUUCAACCAAGGAAAAAGACGAGAUCUUGAAGCAGCUAGCGGAUGCAAUCAGGGAUAAAGAUGAGAUCUUGAAGCAAAAGGAUAGUCUGAAAUCGGAGAUGGAGAUGGCUGCGCAGAUGAUGGCGACUGGGAUCGACAAGAUCUCUGGAAAAGUUAGUGCGUUCAAGAAUUUCGCCGGGCCGCGGGCUGCGCUCGGUCGCAGAAGUGAUGCUAGCCGGGUCUGGCCGGCUGUUGCAUAUGGGGUGAUCAAGAGGGCGAAUGAGAUCGUGGAGGAGCUCAUGAAGCAUAUUGAUGGAGCGACGAAAUCUAGGGAUCAGGCUAGGGAGCAGAUCGAGCAGCGGAAUUACGAGAUUGCCAUUGAGGUGUCGCAGCUGGAGGCCACUAUAAACGGGCUUAGGGACGAGGUUUUGAAGAAUGGGGCAGAUAUUGAGAGAUUGGAGAAAUUGGUCUCUGAGAGGGAUGCAAAAAUCUCUGACAUGGAGAGGAAGGUGUCAGAGUUGAGGGAAUUUGGGGAGGAGAAGGAUGGCAAGUUGAGGAAUUUGGAGGCAAAGGUGGAUUCACAGAGGCUUGUCAUUAUUGAUCAGUUGAGUAAUGUCUCGAAGGUGUAUGAACAAAUUCACGAGAUAGUUCGGAUUGCUGAUGGGGAUGCGGUGGAUCAGUUGUUGGAUUCUUUGUUUGUUUGGGAGGAGGUGGAUAUGGAUGAGAAUUUGCAAACAUUAUUGAAGGGGACGGUGUCGGUUUAUGAGACUGCAAAGAUUGCUGUGGAUAAACUGAGAGGCAGAAUGGAGGAGAAUAGAAGGGAAAUUGAUGGGUUGAAGGAAAAGGUUGAUGGGUUGUUGGCGGAGAAGCAACACAUUGGGACUUUGCUGAGAAGUGCAUUGCAGUCGAAGACAAAUGAGGUGUUACAAGUGGCAGAGGAUGGGCUUAGGGAGGCUGGGAUUGAUUUGAGAUUUAAUGGACAUGGCAAAAGUGGUGUGCCAGAGGGAGAGGAUGAAGUUUAUACCUUGGCUGGUGCUUUGGAGAAUACAGUAAAAGCAUCUCAGCUUGAGAUUAUUGAACUUAAGCACUUGGUUGAAGCACUCAGGGCAGAGUCUAGUUUACUUAAAGCACAUUUGGAUGCUCAAGCAAAAGACAUUGCCCAGCAAAUGAAUCUAAUAAAGGAACUCGAAGAGAAGGAGCAUUUGGCAAAUGAAAAUGUGGAAGGUCUCAUGUUGGACAUAGCAGCUGCAGAAGAAGAAAUAGCAAGAUGGAAAGCAGCUGCGGAGCAAGAAGCUGCAGCAGGCGGAGCUGUUGAACAAGAGUUUCUGUCACAGCUGUCAGCUCUUCGUCAAGAAUUAGAUGAGACCAAGCAAGCCAUGUCUAUGUUAGAGAACAAGCUCAAAUUCAAAGAGGAGAUUGCAGCUGCAGCACUGGCUGCAAGAGAUGCAGCAGAGAACUCACUGAAACUAGCAGAUUCAAGAUCAGCAAGACUAAGAGAAAGGGUUGAGGAGCUGAGUCGCCAAAUCGAAGAAUCUGAUAACAGGAUUGGUCCAAUGAACACUCAGAACAAUCACAGAUACGUAUGCUGGCCAUGGAAAUGGCUUGGACUCAACUUUGUAAGACACCAGCCUGAUGUAUUGGAGAACACUAAUGAGAUGGAACUCUCUGAACCUCUUAUUUAGGUUUUUAUAGGAUUUUAUGCAUUUUUUUAUUGGAAGAGUAGAUUAAUUGUCAACCCUGUGUGGCCUUAAAUGAAGGGUAAUAAUAUGUUUGUAUUUUCUUAUGGAAAUGGAAGGGUUGAGUUGUAUCGAUUAUGUGCAGUAAUAUAUUGCAGACGGAAUGAAAGGCAUCAAACAAGUCAGGCGCUGGGUGCUGACGGUAUAAAUCA